CACACAUCACAAACUCUCAGAGAAACACGGCAGCUGAUCUGCUGGUUUUAUCCAGAUUACGUUCAUAGCUCGGCAGACUGAAGGAGCCCCUCAUGCUGACAUGUCACUUUGGGAAAAGUGUUGGCGACGACAACAGGUAUGAGCAGGGGUUUAUCAUAUCCUGUGUAAAUCAAGUUUUACCAUCUGCAGCUAUUUAAAUCAACUUUCUCAAGAACGUCUAAUGAAUCUGCCGCAGCCAUGACUGGAAAAGGUUGUCAGCUCCUGGUGUCUCCUUGCAGUGUGUCCCCAUCACUGAGCAUGAUCAGAGGACACCAGUCCAAAUCCAUCAGGAUGCCCAUGCCCUCCCCUCAACGGGCCAAUCUCAGUCCCUCCACGGGCAUGGAAAAAGUGAAAAGAGGGGCCUUCCACUCCUUUGCUUCCGGGAAACAGAGCGAAAGCCAUGUUGUCCUGCCAACCUUGAGUCUCCGCAGACAGGUGUUGACCAAUGGGAAGCAUCUAAACAUUUCGACUGCAUCCCCACACCAGCAAGUGCAUCAUCCUCCAACCACAACAGUGACAACUACCAUACAGACAGGAGCCUGCUCCUCUAACAACAGCUUCAAAGCAGGUUGCUCCGUGCCUGGGCCUACAAUGGAAGUAUUUGGUCUGCCUGCUGCUGCUAACCUAACAGUGACCAGUAGUCCCAUAACUGUUGUCACAGGCCAACAGUAUACUGCAGGGCCAUCAGCACCACAUCCUCCAACACAUCCACAUAGUGUGCACAUUCCCCACACUGAUGCCAGAUCCUUACUGUCCAGAGAAUCCCUGGCAUCCACUACCUUAAGUCUGUUUGAAACACAGUCAGUGUUUAGUGGCAGACAGGACUGGCCAUAUGGCUACCGUGUGCUUCCUCCACUUGGUCUACCGCAGUGCUCCACCCAAGCCAGCGAGGGAGGUAUGCAGCUCAGCCUUUCCCCUGGCACAGCCAUGUCCGGCACGACCGUAUCAGGUGGCACUAGCACCUCAGCCUCCCUGCCCUCGUACCUCUUUGCAGGUGAUGGUGGAAGCCCUAGACAGUCUCGUGCUAAGAAGAGAGCUCUCUCCAUGUCGCCUUUGUCGGAUGUCAUUGGUAUUGAUUUCAACUCCAUCAUACGCACUUCACCUACCUCACUUGUGGCUUAUAUCAAUGGUUCCCGCAGCUCCCCUCACCCCACACUCUCACCUGUCCAGUCUGAAGGUUAUGGUCACUUCCUGGGUGUGAGAGGCUGCUCCAUCCCCCAGGGUCAUCCCUACAGCAUGCCAGGCUCUGCGCAGGCUCUUGCCCCGCAGACAGAGUGUGGACGUAUGCAGUUGCUUGAAGAGGGAGGGGGUCUGGAGAGCCAGAUGGCUAACAUGGUGGUGGAGCAGCAGUGCCUCCCAGAGGAAGGAGGGGCACUGGAGACGACUUCAGAGAGCUGUAGCCAAACUACCAACAACCUGCUGCCACAUCUAUUGUUACAGCCAGCCCUGUUGACCACUAUCCAAGAAGCUGCUACUCCACAGGGGCCUCCACCACCCUACCACUCACACCAGCACAUCCACCUCACUAGACGUCACUGUAAAAUAAAACCCCCUUCUCAGGACCCUCUCGCACAGGCUCCUACGGUUCCUCCCAGGCAUGGAGUGAGCUUUUUACCCCAGGUCCCAAUGCUGGAGGAAGAAGAAGGAGAGCUGGAGGACUAUGGGUCCCACUGCUGUAGGUGGUUAAACUGUAGUGCAGUCUAUGAGCAAAAGGAGGAACUGGUAAGACACAUAGAAAAGUUACAUGUGGACCAGCGGAAGGCUGAGGAUUUCACAUGCUACUGGGUGGGCUGUACACGCAACUUCAAACCCUUCAAUGCCCGAUACAAGCUUCUGAUCCACAUGAGGGUCCAUUCAGGAGAGAAACCCAACAAGUGCACGUUUGAAGGCUGCAAGAAGGCUUUCUCUCGGCUAGAAAAUCUGAAGAUCCACCUGCGUAGCCACACGGGGGAGAAACCCUAUCUGUGUCAGCACCCAGGAUGUCACAAGGCCUUCAGCAACUCAAGUGACAGAGCUAAACACCAGCGUACACACCUGGAAACAAAGCCAUAUACGUGCCAGGUGCCUGGCUGUGCAAAGCGUUAUACUGAUCCCAGCUCCUUGAGGAAACACGUGAAAUCCCACUCUACAAGAGAACGACAGUUACGGAAGAAGUUGAAGUCCACUGAUGGUGUGACCCAGGACACUCUGACAGACUGUUUAACCAUCCACCCUCUGCAGCCUUGCCUUUCUCCUCUGGCAAGGAUAGACAACAACUUGAACUCUUUCCCUGGUGCGUCUCAUGAGUCAUACUCUGCUGCUCCACAGGGACAAGACUCCUCCGGCAAUCCUCACCUGGCUCUGUUGUGCUCCUUACAAGAUGAUUACAGGUUUGUUGAUCCUUCCCCUCACCAGCUCUUCCCCGUGGACCAGUGUGGGCCUUGCUCUUCCACCUGCCUCCAGCAUCCUCCCAAUGGGAUGUCCCUGCAGAACAACCGAGAUCUGAAGCACCCCAGCCAGCCUCCUGAUCUAGCAGUUAAAAAUCCAGAGCUCCCAGGGCAGAUGAAGAUGCUAUAUUCUCCUCCACAAUAUGGUGGGAUCACAGCACAGACCAGCUCGAGUCACCUGAUGCAAGAUGAUGCCUUUGGUGACAGCCUCCCUCCAGCAGUCAAUAAUCCCAAUGGGGUUGCCAACUCACAAACAGCUCUUUCCUGCAUUACAGGAUUUGAUGUCCACAGCCGAGCAGACAUUAAGAAUGUGGCUCCUAAACAAGAUUUGCAUGGAGAGGAUUUCUUCAGUGUCGUGGACCACUGCACAAGCCAGGUCUCCUGCAUCUACACAGAGGGAUGAUAUCACUCAGUUGCCGGUUUUGUUCCUUUGCACUGUUUUAUGUCCCCAUUCCAUUUAAAUAAAAUGGUCAAUAGGAAGAAUACCUCAGACGGCACCACAACCUGGCGGAUGCUUCAUUUAGCCAAACAAAAUAUUUGAAUAUUUGAUGACAGAACAAUCUAAGACACUGCUCCCUCCGUUAGAAAACAGUGAAGAAAUUGAAUCUUAAAUUCUCAGUGCAAGUUUCUCUCUUCAACUAAAUCUCUAUAAAUGAAUCAACACUCUGGCUUCUGCCCCCAUAAUCAAUGUACAGUAGCCUACGGGAUUUUAAUGUUUACUUUCUAGUUUUUUUUUUUUUUACAGCUUGUGUAUAACAUGUAGUAAGUACUUGAAGUAGUUUCUGGUGACAUUUUGCACAAUAUUCAACACUGCAAUCAAAGCAAAGUAUGCAAGGGAUAAUUUAUUAUAAGGUUUUUCUUAGAACCAUGGCUUUGUAACUAUAGUAACAAGACAGCCUUACCAUUUCACUGUAAUGUUCAUAGACAUAACCUGUUGUUUGAAUAUAGUAAUAUGCUUUGAGUGAUCAUGGGGCGGAUUUAUGUUGGCAUCCCAGUUAUUUACAUGUUUUAGUUAAUUACUGCAAAUGACUUUUCGCUUCAUAUUGCAGUUGACUUUCGAAAAACAUGACCUAGUGCUGUACAUUUUUGUACCUGUUUUCCAUUUCAGUUCAUUUCCAUAUGGUAUGAAAAUUAACCUUUGGAGACUUUAAAACCUGCUUGAAAUAAGUCAACUAUCAUAGUGAUUAUAGCUGUUUUUAUUUUUGCCAGUUAUGUUAUUGUUGCAUUUUAAUGCAGUGCAGACAUCUCAAUCUAAUUUGCACUUUCAGCUGUAUUACCAUGCAAUGAUAACAGUGUGAGGAUUUUAAAAAACUGUAAAAAAUUCUAAAGCAAGCUUUGAAAAAUUAUCAGCAGCAAUGUAAAGUAUGCACUGAUUUGUACUAAAUGGGCUAAAAUAUGCAGAAACGCUGCUAUUGUGCUUUAACUUUUGAAUAUAUUCUGAAUGUAUCAAGAAAAAGAAGUAAAUCAUUUGUACCCUU